UGUUGUACAGUUGGUACGAUAACUGAGGAAACAUCAAGACCACACUGUCCGGCCCCGCUGCCUGACAGCCACGGCCGAAAGGCAACGUUUCCUCUGAUGGCGUUUGGGAAACAAAGAACCGUUUAUCUCAUGAGCGAUUUGUUUGACGGCUCCGAUUCUAAGCCGUAUCUUCUAGCUACGAAAAUGAAGUUCAGUUACGACUCUCCUCAGUCUCAAGCCGCAUCCGAUGGAUCUCUUCUGUCGCUUCCCCAUAUCGGCCAGGCCGAUGCAGCACUCCCCUCUGAUGCGGCCCCAUUUUAUGGAUUCUGACAUGGACUAUGAGAGGCCAAAUGUCGAGACUAUCAAGUGUGUGGUGGUUGGGGACAACGCAGUUGGAAAGACCCGACUCAUCUGUGCCCGGGCCUGUAAUGCCACCCUUACACAGUACCAGCUACUGGCCACACAUGUGCCCACUGUCUGGGCCAUAGACCAGUACAGAGUCUGCCAGGAGGUUCUAGAAAGGUCCAGGGAUGUUGUGGAUGAUGUCAGCGUGUCUUUGCGCCUCUGGGACACUUUUGGUGACCAUCACAAGGACCGCAGAUUUGCAUAUGGAAGGUCUGAUGUGGUGGUAUUGUGUUUCUCCAUUUCAAAUCCAAACUCACUUCACCAUGUGAGGACCAUGUGGUACCCCGAGAUCAAGCAUUUCUGUCCCAGAGCUCCUGUUGUCCUAGUGGGCUGCCAACUAGACCUGCGAUAUGCUGACUUGGAGGCAGUGAACAGAGCUCGCCGGCCACUGGCCAGACCAAUCAAAUCCAAUGAAAUUCUGGCCCCAGAGAAAGGACAUGAGGUGGCUAAAGAGCUAGGCAUCCAUUAUUAUGAAACUAGCGUUGUUGCUCAGUUUGGGGUCAAGGACGUUUUCGACAAUGCUAUCCGCGCAGCCCUCAUUUCACGCCGUCAUCUGCAGUUCUGGAAGUCUCAUCUACGUAAUGUUCAAAGGCCACUCCUCCAAGCCCCCUUCCUUCCCCCCAAACCCCCUCCACCCAUUAUCACAGUUCCCACCGCUCCCAGUAACAUCGAAGAGCACCCAAGCCGCCUGUUGGAAGAUCCGCUCUGUGCUGAUGUCAUCUUGGUCCUCCAGGAACGCCAGAGGAUCUUUGCCCACCGCAUUUACCUUGCCACUUCCUCCUCCAAGUUCUACGACAUCUUCUUGACAGAAUCUCGAGCUCCUGACGAGAACAAAAGGGAGCGAGAACAACCCCGAGGGCUGCCGCUUACUGGCCGUGACUUACUGAUGCGGGCAGCUAGCUUUGACGUUUGUGAAAGUAACGAUGAUGGUGAUAGGGCAAACUUGCGUGCCUGCACCAGUGAUGGAACUCUAAAAGGUGGAGAUGGUGAUCGGCAUGGUCGUCUUCUCCCUGCCUUGAGUCGUGCUUUCAUUAGCAUCCAAGAAGAGAUGGUUGAUGAUCCCAUCACCUUCAACCCUAGACGAAUGACUGUGGUGCACAUGGACCCUUCAAUGCAACCGGGUCCAUUUCGAUCGGUGUUGCGGUACCUGUACACAGGUAAACUUGAUGAGCGGGAGAAGGAGCUGAUGCAGGUGGCCCAUAUUGCAGAGCUUCUGGAAGUGUUCGACCUGCGUAUGAUGGUGGCGAACAUCCUGAACGAUGAAGCCUUCAUGAAUCAGGAGAUCACCAAGGCCUUUCACGUGAGACGCAUCAAUCGAGUGAAAGAAUGCCUAGCGAAGGGGACCUUCUCUGAUGUUGUGUUCAGGUUGGAUGAUGGCACCAUCAUGGCCCAUAAACCACUGCUCAUCUCAAGCUGUGAUUGGAUGGCAGCCAUGUUUGGUGGACCAUUUGUGGAGAGUUGCACAAAAGAGGUGUUGUUUCCUAACACUACACGUAGCUGUAUGCGUGCUGUGCUGGAGUAUCUCUACACUGGCCGCUUCUGCUCUCGCCCAGAUCUGGAUGCUAUGGAGCUCAUUGUACUUGCAAACCGACUCUGUCUGCCUCACCUGGUUGCGCUGACAGAGCUCUACACUGUGACGGUAUUAACAGAGGCUGCUAUGAUGGGAGCUGAUAUAGAUGGAGAUGUUCUGCUCUAUCUGGACAUGGCUCAGUUCCACUGUGCUCAUCAGUUGACUGACUGGUGCCUCCAUCACAUUUGCACCAACUACAACAGAGUCUGCCGCAAAUUCCCGCGGGACAUGAAGGUCAAGUCUACAGAAAACCAGGAGUACUUCGAGAAACAUCGCUGGCCUCCGGUGUGGUAUCUAAAGGAAGAAGAUCACUAUCAGCGAACUCGUAAAGAACGUGAGAAAGAAGAUCACUUGUACCAAAAGCGCCAAAUUAAACGCAAAUGGCUCUUUUGGAACCUACCUCCUUCCUCCAAUUCACCCUCUUCUCCUGGUUCCUCUGCAAUCAUCUGAUUGGGUGCAGGACCCACCUAACAGCCCCAAAUGUGAGAUUUAAACAGCAGUGAUAGACUUUUAUCGGCUUAGCUCUACAAGAUUUUCUCUCUACGUUUUCUGUUGAGCUUAAAAAGCUAAAAUGAAACAGGAUGGAGAAAGUGAGUCAAAGAAACACAAAGCUUUUUUAAAAGCACACUGUUGAGGCUCUUUACAAAAAAACAGCUUUGACAAGAAUUGAAAUCAGUGAUAUCACAGCUCUGUGCUGCUCCAUUUGCUGGAAGAAUCUUCAGCAUUGGUUCCCAAACAUAACCAUCAAAGGUAAAGCUGCAUAAUCUGUAAUAGAAAACACAUUGCAGGACUGCACACAUUCUUACCUUGAAAUGCUAAGCUUGAAGUGCAUCUCAACUGUAAAGGACAAACGAACAGGGACAUUUUAGAGCAACCAGCAGAUAUGAAAAACAUUUAUUCCUCAGUAUUUUGGCUAUCUACAAUCAAACCACUUCUCCAGAGCAUCAUCCACAAAAUUCAAAAAGGGGUGUCUUCUUGCCUAUCUUUCACAAUCUACUGGUGAGAUAUCAAGGCUUUGAUGAUGGUAGUGAUGGGUUGUAUCAGUCUGAAUCUCUGUGAUCUAAACCCAAUGACAGGCACUUUAUCUUUAAUUAGAUCACUUUGCCUUGCUCUAGUCCUGCUCUUGGAGAAUUAUCAGGCUGAUUGUUAAUCCUGCACAACAGACGAAUACUUUUAGACAAAUUGUUUAUUCUGCACACUGUGGUCUUUAUUUUUGGUAACUUGUUAGAACAAGGCAAUCUUUCUUGUCUCUUUCUGUUGACUUUUCUUUCUUCUCUCUUUCUGUUUCUGUAUGACUUUCUUUCAUUCAACUAUCAAACACAAAAGGAGAUGUUAGGGAGAAUGAUCAUGUUGCUCUUAUGCAUGAAAUGAAAGUGAAUGGUGACCAGGGGCUGUAAAGCUCCAAAAAUGGCUAAAAGCACCAUAAAAUUAAUCCAUAUUCCAUGUUUUCUGAAGUCAUACGAUAGCUUUGUGUAGAGAACGGUUCAAAUUUUAAGUCAUAAUUCACUGAAGUCUCCUCUGUUGCAGCUGACAAAUCUCAUUUGUGCUAUUCAAAUAUGCACAUAUUCUAAUUUGCCGUGUUUUAUCCAUUACUAGACACAUUGCAACAAGUGAUGUUUGGCAUUACUGCCGUCAAACUUGGUUUGACAUGUUUUGAUGUGCCGUAUUUAAAUACACAGUGCAUGAACAUGGAUGAAAUUUAAGAGCUGCUGGCAGAGGAGAAGAUUAUUAUUGAAUAAUGCCUUCAAUUUUGGUCUGUUCCACUGACAUAGCUAUCAUAUGGCUCCAGAAAAUUAUCAAAAUUUGUGUGAAUCAUGUGGGGGAAAAAAUUAUGGUGCUUUUUUGUCAUUUUUGGAGCUUGACAGUGCUUUGUCCAUGAAAAAGAGCACUGUGAACAUUCUGCUUAUUUAUUUUUUUAUUUGUUAUUUUAUUUUGUGCUCUACAGAACAAAGAAAAUCAUACAUGUUUGGUAUGACGUAAAUGAUGACAGAAUUAACAUUUUUUGGGUGAAUUAUUUCUUUAAUAAUUGUAAUUGCUCCUUCAGUAUCCGCUGACAAGUUGGGAAAGUGAAACAGGCAUUUGAAUGAAUAUGGGCUUUCACACAAAAUAAGCAUUUACUCAUGUAAUGUUACUUAUUUGUGUAACAUGAAAUCAAGUUCAGGUUUAAAUCAAAAUUGCCUCCUGAAAGCUGCAUUUUAUCUUGAUAAUAAUAUUCUGGAAAAAAGAGUAACAACUUGUAAUAUUAUAACCACAUACUUCAAAACAGGACCCCAGGUGAACAGUCACACUGGGUUUCUAUACAGGGAAUAUAAACAGUGCCUCAACACUGCUGAUAUUUCAAAGUGUGGGCGCAGGCUGCUGUCUUUACCAAAGUAAGCUCACAAAUUAUUCAUAAUGUGAAUGAUAUCCUAAACUAUUCAUUUUAAAUGCUCGUGAAUAGAUAAUAGAUGAGUUUCACAGGCAGGCCUGUGACAAAGCUAUCACAUCACAGCAUGUUCUUACAUGUACAGAAUCCCAUUCUGGGGACAGUUUAAGGUCUUUAAAAUAUUUAUAUAGCUACUAAAAACAUAGGAAUAAAGGAAGAUUUUAUAUGAAUGUUAGAACAUACUUAAAUAUGCGUAUACUAAAAGAAGGGAAAGUUUCAAUUGAAUAAUGAAAUGCAAGGUAGUAUUACAAAUUUACAUUUACAUAGCUACUGUAUUUGAUAAAAAGUGCAUUACCUUGAGGAGAGGGAAUUUCAAAAGCAUGGUUUAUAGUGUAUACACUUUUUACCAUUUGAAUGUUUAUGACCUAGUACAUGCGAUGCUGACAGAGGCAAAUAGUGCUUCAAAUGCAGUGUUGGGUGUAAUGCAUUACAAAAUAAUUAAUUACUGUAAUUAAAUUACUUUUUCAUUGAAAAAAGUAAAGUGAUUACUUAAAGUAAGGGAAUCUUUCAGUUAUUUAAUUAUAGUUACUUCUGAUAUGUAAUUGUGUUAAAUAGUUUAUAGACUAUAGAACAAUUCUAUAUAAAACAAUAGUGAAUUUAAAAUCGAAAUUUAACGUCUAUGUUAAAAUAUAUGUUUUCUAAUUUAAUGCAGCCCCUUUAAUGAAUAAUUUAUUUGAUUUUAUAUGAUUUAUUUUAAAGAAUUAAAAUAACAGUUUCAUGUCUAUCCUUGUAUUUUUUCAUCUGGUCGAGGUUGAUAAGUGUUUAAGAAAGUAAUUAGUAAUAAGUAAUGCAGUUACUUUUCAGACAAAGUAAUUAGUACAGUAAUCUAAUUACACUGUAGGAGAUGUAAUUAGAAGUUAGUAAUUCAUUACUUUUUUAGAGUAACUUACCCAACACUGUUCAAAUGUAGAAUGACUUACAGUAUAACAAAGAAAUAUAGUUGUUUAUAGUUGUAAUAGCACCAAAUGGACCUUUACGGGGGAAAAAAAGUUCAGGAGAAAAUAUAUCACACGUCUCAAUCUCUUCAUUAACACGAUUUGGUUUUUUUUUGUUUUUUGUUUUUUAAAGAGGGCAAUUUGCUAUGCAUUUUUAGCCUGUUUUAAACAAACUGAGAAUGUCUUUAUGCUUUAGUUAAUCAAACUAAUUCAGAGCUGAACUGCACGUGUAAGGUUGUUGUAGCUAUCAGCAAGGGAAUGUUGAGAAAUAUUGCUUUACUUUAGUAACCCUUAAAUAAGUGCAUUUUAUAUAUGCUGUGCUUGUAGAUUUAAAACAGCAGAUAUGAAAAGGCAAUUAUAAUAAAAUACACAAUGGACUCUUAAUCAACUAGAGGGGCAAACUGAUCAGUAUUUCUAUUGAAGACUUUUCAGUAUCUGACUAAGCAUUUUUAACACCACUCAGGAACAUUUGCUGACUCAUUAAAAGAUAUAUAGUUAUAAAAGAAAGUGUCAUCAUUUUAAACCUAACAAUUGUUUGAGAAAUGUUUUGCUUGAGAAGUGUUCUUGUGCUGUCAUUCUUUAAAAUAAAUGCCAGUUGCUUUGAUAUUUUAUUAUCAAAUGGAUUGACAUUCAUUAUUAACAUUUUUAAGUGUGUCUUGAGUGUCCAAAUACUUUUUGGGGCCACUUUAAGAAAAGAGUGGUAAUUAGGAGAAGAAACCUAGCGUGUAAGUGAUGUACUGUAAUUUACAGACAAUCACAGCAACCUGGUAACAGACUAUUCACAUAUGACAUUUAUCUGCUUUUGUUGGCCUGCAAAGGUUUUAAUCUUCAUUAGAGUACAUACUGUACAGUUAUGUUGCACUAGUACAUGAAUUAUACUCAAGAAGUCAGACCAUUACAGCAAAAUAAGUAUGAUGAUGCAUAUGAAUGUGUUUUUAUGAAUGGGAUAUACAGACAUCUUGAAAUGUGCUAUGAGAUUGGACAUGAUUUUCACACAUUUUGACCUUUUCAUCAGCCAAGAUUCACAUCCUACAGAUUGUAAAAACUCUCUGUGAGGAAAAUAUGUGAAAAUGUAUGACAUUAAUUAGAAGAGUUUAAGAGUUUCUCAGAACACUGAGCUCCAAAUCUGUUGCUGCAGAGAAGAUACCCCAUGCCUUAAUGUAAAGUACACAAGGAGAGGCACUGUUAUUAUUCGCUGUUUAUAUUUGAAAUGUAAAGAAAUAUAGGAUGUGUACCAUAUGUGCUGUAAUAGGUGCAUAGUGUGAAAAAUAUAUUACUGUAUGUCAUGUUGUUUGUAAAAGACUGUAUAUUCGUCUACUUUUCUGGAAUGUUUUGUUUUAGCUAGACCAUCGUUAGCGUGUGGUAAUAUGUCAGUAUUAUGCAUUGCCUUUCAAUGCUUAGAAUCAUUGGCCAUUAAAUCAGUGCAGGAACUCCAUCUACAAAUAUAUAGGGGACAGGGGCUAGCUGUCACACCUUUUUCUCCAGUGAAUGUUUUCUCAGGAUGGGUUUAUUUUUUAAAGUCAGUUUCUGUACGGACACAUAUUUAAAAAACAUCUUUUCAACAUUACCAUCGUUAUUGCCAGGAAAACCAACUAAUUAUUUAAUACAUGUUGACCUUUUAUAGUGGGCAUGUUGUCACAGUAUGUGGGGAAGUUGUCAAUGCGUGAACCUGCAACAUUUUUAAUAUAUAUAUAAAGCAUGCCACGGUCAAGAUCAGUGAGAUCAAAUUUUUUCCCCAUUCUGAUGGUUGAUGUAUAAUGAUGAUUCAGUAUAACAUUAACUGAAGCUCCUGAUCUGUAUCUGUAUGAUUUUAUGCAUUGCACAGCUGCCACAUGAUUGGCUGAUUAGAUAAUCACAUGAAUAUGUAGGUGUACAGGUGUUCCUAUUAAAGUGGUCACCGAGUGUGUGUGUGUGUGUGUGUAUAUAUAUAUAUAUA